AGCAACUUGGUACUACACACCUCACCGUGGCACGUUAUUCCUACUACUUUAUUCUCGAAGUCGUAACUGAGUGUGCAAUCAGACGUCUGCACAUUUGUAUCGGUCAUGCUCUCUGGGAAAACACUGUGGAUGUUAAUAUUUUAAAGGGAAAAGGAGGCAACGCUUACCAUUCUGAAUAACAUCCCUUAAAAUGUGAUGCGCAAAGAUUACUUUACGCACACUCCUUGAGUUGGAAACCUGGAGAACUUGGAGAAGGAGGCCAUACCAGAGAUUUAUUAUUUCCAGAACGUAACAUCCAUACAUCCCUAAGAUGCCUUUAAAAUACUAUUUGAAAUACAACGUGUUUGUUGUGUUCCUCGCAACUGUUUCUGGGGACUUCUCCAGCCACGCGCAUGUACAGCGUGAGAAACGGCAGACCAAGGUGACAAAACCGGUGCUCAAGGUAACCGAGUACCAUGUGCAGUGUGUGGUGGUGUCCCGGUAUGCCCACACCACAAUUCAGAGCACCGUGUGGAACCAGCUGCCCGCCACCAAGGAGGCGGCCUUCGAGGUGGAUCUGCCCUCAGCCGCGUUCAUCUCCAACUUCAGCAUCUCCUCCAGUAGCAAGGAGUACGUGGCUCAGGUCACAGAGCGGAUUGCUGCCAGGAAGAUCUACGACACUGCCAAGAAACAGGGCAAGACAGCAGGCCUGGUAGCCACCAAAGAGAGGGAGAUGGAGAAGUUUCGCGUAGCUGUCAGUGUCCCGUCUGGAGCGCGCAUGUCCUUCACCCUGGUGUACGAGGAGCUGUUGUCACGGCGACUGGGACGCUACGAGCUGGCCCUGGGUCUGCGUCUCGGGCAGCCGGUGCAGAACCUGACGGUGGACGUGCGCAUCAGCGAACCCAGUGGGAUAAGCUUCAUCAAGGUCCUGCCCCUACGCACCAGCCGACUGCUCACCAAGACAGGCGAUGGGGAAGCCCCGGCCUCUACCCAGGUGCAGCAGAGCUCGAGCUGUGCCCACAUCCUCUACAGCCCCACCCCUCACCAGCAGCUCGCAGCCGCCCCCAAAGGCCUCGACGCUGACCUCAUCAUCCACUACGACAGCGAACACAAAGACCUGAUGGGAGACAUUCAGGUGCAUGAUGGGUAUUUUGUCCAUUACUUUGCCCCACGCAACCUUCCUGUAGUCCCCAAGGAUGUCAUCUUUGUCCUUGACAUCAGUGGGUCUAUGGUUGGCACGAAGAUGAAACAGACGAAACAGGCCAUGUUCACCAUACUUGCUGAACUGAGAGAGGGAGACUUCUUCAACAUCAUCACCUUCUCUGAAAAAGUGCACACGUGGAAGAAGGGCCGCACUGUCCAGGCCACGCGCCACAACAUCCGCGAUGCCAAAGAGUUCAUCAGGAAGACCUCCGCUGAGGGCUGGACCAAUAUCAAUGCAGCCCUGCUGACUGCCGCCCAGCUGCUCAACCCUUCCUCUUCCUCCUCCUCUUCGCUGCCCCGCUCCUCCUCUUCCUCUUCCUCUUCCUCCCGCCGUGUGCCCCUCAUCAUGUUCCUCACGGACGGCGAAGCCACUAUUGGGGUGACGGCGGGGGACACCAUCCUUCGCAACGCGCAGGCUGCCCUGGGCACAGCUACAGUCUUUGGCCUGGCUUUUGGUGACGAUGCCGACUACCCGCUGCUACGACGCCUGUCGCUUGAGAACCGCGGCGUGGCGCGCAUGGUGCACGAGGACGCAGACGCAGCCCAGCAACUGACAGGAUUCUACCGUGAGGUGGCCAGCCCACUGCUGUCGGACGUGCAGCUGGCCUAUCUGCAGCCCCAGGCCUCCCAGCUCUCGCGCACCCUCUUCCCACACUACUUCCAGGGCUCUGAGCUGGUGGUGGUGGGCCGGCUGAAGCGAGGCGCCCAGCAGGUGAGGGUGGCACUGUCGGCCAGCGACGCCAAGCAGAAGAUGCACGUGGAACGGAACCUAGAACCACCAUCGCCACCACCGCUAACACCUGUGGCCGCUUCAGCAGCAGCAGCAGCAUCUCCAUUUAACACUUGCCCGGCGUUGGGCCCCGGUGGCGCCAGCUUCAUCCGCAGGCUGUGGGCUUACUUCACCAUCAAGGACCUGCUGCUGGCCAGAACCAACAGCAGCGACGCAGCCCUGCAACGACUGUUCACAGAGAAGGCCACCAACCUCUCUCUGGCAUAUAACUUUGUCACGCCCGUCACCUCGCUGGUCGUUGUCAAGCCGGACGUAGAUGACAUCCCUAUCCCCACCCCCAAACCCACCGUGGCGGCCUCUGCGUCUUCUUCCAGCACCACCUCCACCCGCACAACAACAACUACUGUGAGCCCUGCAAACCGGGCGUCUACUCCUCACCCCAAAACCACGGUGCCACCACCACCACACAACAUGCCACCUCCUCAACCUGCACUGACCUUGCCCCCGCGUCCACCACCUCCGCCAGGACUCCACACCACUGGCCAGCCCUCGGGUCCCGCUGCGGCGCCUCCUGCUGCACCUCCCGCUGCUCCUCCUCCAGGCACGUCUCAAUCAGCUGGCCUGCUGUCCCGAAUCACCACCACCACCACUGCCCCCUCCCACUCCCAUGCAGUCCCCAUUCUAUCCAGCAAGUCCACAACAACAACUAGCCCUCCUCCCCCACUUGCCUCCCUGAAAGCCACCACUGCCCCCAGCACCUCAACAGCACCUCAUAAGACGAUGGCUAUGGCCCCUGGCUUGCCUAGUACUGCCUCUGCCAAAGACCCGAAGGCCCCAGGCACGAAUGAUGGGGGCACUUUGGCUGAUGUGGACCUACCACCGCAGCAGACACAGGUUUCUAAGCUCUCAUCCUCAGAGGAUGACACCACCAAUGAUGUCGAUGUCGAUAUUAAGAUUGCCACCCUGGUCGCUGCCACUUUUAUGCCCAUGCCGGGGGUUACCAACGCCCCGAAACCAUGGGAGGUAGCCGCGGGCCUCUUGGAUGUCUCCACUGCCAUCCAGGUGCAGGAAAAAGAUAUGGACCAACUUAAAGAUUAUGAAGCUACUUAUGACUACGAGUAUGACUACGAUCACCACCAUGAGAUUGGAUUUGAAUCCUGGGACCAGAAUUCCGCUCUGGAAAGACCAACGACACUGAGCUCUGUCAAAGUUUUCUCAUCUUCAGUGGAUGGAGAUCCCCACUUUGUGGUGGAGCUGCCCAAACUGCAGCAAACCCUGUGCUUCACCAUCGAUGGCAACCCUGGCGAUGUGCUGCGACUAGUGGACGACCCAGAAAAGGACAUCAUUGUGGACGGACGUCUUUUCCUGGCCCCCUCCAAGCAUGGUGCGGAGGAUCGCACACGCACUUACUUUGACCAGAUCACCAUGACAACAGCAUCAGGCGUCUUCGUCACCAUGACACUGGACACUAUUUUCAUUGAGCUUGGGGAGGAGCUUGUGGCCCUGCCAACCAAUCAGAGUGGGUCCCUGUCGAGGCCGGGCAUCAAGGCGGUGAUGGACGUCCAUGAGGGAUGCUGGUUGGAGCUGGGGCCAGGCGUGCGCUUCCUGGUUCUCUUCCAUCACUAUGUGCACCCCAGUUACCUGCAGAUGCCACAUCUGGGCUUCUACAUUGCAGAUGGACGGGGCCUGUCUGUCCGUACACAGGGGCUUUUAGGUCAGUUCCAGCACAUGCAUCUGGAAGUGGUGCCUCUGGAGGAGAUGCCAGAUGUGUCCCAAGUAACGAGGCCUGGGCCAGCAGGAGGGAGCCCCCAGGGCUAUCUGAAGCACAGGGACCCCCAGGGCUAUCUGAAGCACCGGGACCAGCUGCUCACGGUGUCCCUGCAGGCCAAGAGGAUAAAGGACUCAGCGGGGCGCCGCCACGACAGCCAGUGUUGGGUGUUGCCUAAGCCACAGGUGGAGAGGCUGCUGAGUCGGCCCUAUGACAGCUAUGUGGUGGAGCGCCUGUAGAGAAGAGAGCUGCGUCAGCAAGAGCUACACGUGUCGCACACAGGAAUGCGCAGCACCCACCACAAGCGCCAUGGGCUGUGUGGGAGUGUGUGGGGAAAGGAGGUGGCACCAGAAAUUGUCAUAUUAAAAGACACUGGGAUGUUUCAGUG